AGGUGUGUACUGUCCUGUACUGACCAAACACAUUUCAGUCGCGUUCCCCCACCACUCACCGGGUCUGUCUUUCACUCCAGGCUGCCCUCGUCCAGUUCUUUUCCAGCACUUUCGCAGCUGCUGGGGAUUCUCCAGCUGGCCACACAUGAUGGACAUGCCAUCAGCAAUGAAGCUGAUGGCGAACACUAGUGCAGAUGCACCAUCUCACAUCUCUAUCCCCGUCGGCAUCACUGUUGGCUUGCUUGCCUCAUUCGUCCAGUCUUUGGGCUUGACUAUCCAGAGAAAGAGUCAUGUACAGAACCAGGCGUUACCUGAAGAGCAUAAGAGAGUGGAACAUCGGAGGCCUCUGUGGCUUCUUGGAUUUGGUAUCUUCAUAUCGUCCAAUCUCUUUGGUUCCAUCUUCCAGAUUGCAUCCUUGCCGGUCGUCAUCCUUGCUCCCCUCGGUGCAGUGUCACUCCUAUGGAACGCUUUCUUCGCUCGUAUGCUACUCGGAGACGCUUUCUCCAUAUGGAUGGUUCUCGGGACACUCUUCAUCGCAGGAGGUGCCGUCCUCAUCGCAGUAUUCGGUAUCGUGCCAGAACCUACGCAUUCGCUUGAGGAUCUUCUGGUCCUGUUCAGCCGACCCGCAUUUAUCGCUUAUUUCUCCUUGCUAGGAAUGUUCACCGUUGUAUGCCUAGCCCUGACUCAUAUAUUGGAAUUCUCGUAUGCUCGACGCAAUCGGAUCGCGUUACCUACAUCUUCUCCGCCUAUGUCACCUCUCAUUGCACCUAACACGGCCCCUACUAUUCUCACGACGGCAGCAACUCCUUCUGCAACUUUCGAUUCAUCACAACUCGACACUGAACGCACCCCUCUCAUUGACCGUAAACCAUCUCGUUCAAUGUCACCCUCACCCACGGCCUCCAUUGCGUCGUAUUCUACCUCGCCUCGCACUCCAUUGUUUCUGGCAAUGUCUUACGCAUCGUUCUCUGGUAUCAUCUCUGGAAUGUGUUUGUUAUUCGCGAAAAGUGGUGUCGAGCUGCUCGUGUUGACCAUCAGCGGUAAGAAUCAGUUCUGGCGAUGGCAGGCGUGGGUGCUCGUCGUUGGCCUUGGAGUUUGUGCUUUGCUGCAAUUGUGGUAUAUGCACAAGAGUCUGAUAUUGGCUAAUCCGACACUAAUCUGUCCGCUGGCCUUUUGCCUCUACAAUCUUUCGUCCAUUUUGAACGGACUCGUCUAUUUCGACCAGUUCUCUUUACUCUCUACUACACACCUCCUUUUGGUCAUGCUCGGGAUCACUAUCCUACUCGCAGGGGUCUGGGUCGUCUCUUUCCCUCCGAGUGGAGCUAUUGGUAUCGAUCUACCAUCCUGGGAUGAACCUGAACCUCACGUCGAACUCGCGGAUCAUGAGGACAUCCAUGAAGCGUACGAGGAUGAACCAUUACCGAUGAUCUCGCAACGACAUUCACUGUCAACGCAAGAUGAACUCUUACUCUCACCUGAUUCCCAAGAAGGUAUCGGACUUGGGAUUGUCUCAGCGCCUGAAGACGGAAAGCGUGGAAGAGGAAGAGAACGGGACUAUGCGUCUCUGCGAAUUGAUUCUCAAGCAGCUCAGAAGACUGCGGCGCACCUUCGAAGUCAGACGGACUCGAUGUUGCCGAGUUUCCCUGCUUCAUCACCGGUCUCACCUAUGCCGACACAUCCAUCUUAUCCUUCUUCGACAUUGCCACCUCUUACAAGGAAUGUACGACCACGCGCGACAUCUGCUAUCACACCUACUAUUUCAAACACAUCGACACAACACUCUCAUUCACAAUCACAUACUUCGCCACGACAAUCAUUCACUUUACCAUUCCCUUACCCGUUAUCGCCUGGUGCGACACCGGGGACUGUUACUGGGUUCUCGAUCGGUUUGAGUCCGAUGAGUCCUGGGUUUGCUUUAGUUCCGAGAGAUUCUAGGAGGAGCCAUAAUGGGAGGAAGAGACGCUUCACUGGAAGUGGAGAUCCGAAUUCAAAUUCGCCUGAUGCGUCACCUAAUAAUGCAAAUGGUUUGACGGGGAAGGGGGUUGCUUCGAUGAUCAGGAGGGUGGUGAGUGAUGGAGAUGUAAGUAAUGUUGGGACGCCGAGAGCGGAGGAUCAGGGCGUUGGGUCGUUAUUUGAUGAUCAUGCUGGUCGUGAGGAGAGGAGGGAUGGCGGUGAGAGGGGUGAGGAGGAACCAUUGAUAGACAGGACAAGGCGGGUCAAAGGACGGUGGAAGUGGUUGAGGGGUGUUCUCACUCUUAGGUGAUGUGCUUCGGGAAUUCUUGCGAUGAGAUAGUGUGUAUUAUAUUACAUACAACCACGGACAUGCAUGUUAUACAGCUAUACCCACCUUCAUUAGACAGUGAACAAGUAAGUAUAUCUUACUGGAAAAGGUGUUUUGCAUUCAACAAGACAUAUAGCACCGCCUUGAAGCUUGAGUACUUGAAGUGGGAGACCCGAACAAGGCCAAUGGUAAAUAUUGGAAAUACAUUUUGUGACGUGGG